GAGGGAGGAGAGAGGGAGGGGAGAGGGAGGAGGAGGGCUCAGAGAUCUGACGCAGUGUGAGCCUCUGCUGCCUCACUUCCACUCCCCGCUCCCAGGAAGAGACCCAGCGGCUCGGAAAGCCCCCAGAAACACAGAGAUACGCCCGGGGAGAGAGACCCGGAGGACGGCGUGUUGUGGAGAUGAGGACGCCCGUGAGGGAGAGAGCGCACCCGCGGCACCGGACCUCGGAGUCGGGAUGAAACCCGGAGCUGUAUCCGCGGCGGGCUGUUCUCAUUGUGUGCUGAGUGGCGCAGGAGAAAAGGAUGCCUCCGCGGCCACAGACGCUCCUCCUGCUGCUGCUGCCGUCCGAAAGCUCGAUUAUUUCCCGACAUAAACUGCCUGGUCUCUCCUCUCCGACGGAGCGUUUGUUGUUCAGGAGCGCGCUGAUUUCUGAGGCACACCGGCCACCAUGCUGCCCGCUCAGUCCCCAUGAAAACUCUCAAUGAAAACAAGGAGGAGGAGGAGGAGGAGGAGGAGGGGUCCUGCAACGCCAUGGAGGACAAGGAGAACAAUCUGAAAACGGCCAGGUUGUGGAGGGAUGCCGCCCUGCGCUCCAGGAAGCUGCGGAGCAACCUGCGCCAGCUCACCCUCUGCUCCAAAGACAACCAGAUCAUACUGCCGGAGGAUAUCGCCGAGAUAGAGGUGCUCAAUCUGGGCAACAACUCCCUUCAGGACCUGCCAGACGGGCUGGGAUCCACCCUCAACAACCUGCGCAUCCUUGUCCUCCGCAGGAACAAGUUCUCAGCUGUUCCCCGGGUGGUGUUUGAGCUGGGGCAGCUGGUGGAGCUCGACAUGAGCCACAACUGCCUGCGGAGCCUCUCUGAGGGCGUGGGUCAGCUGAAGGGGCUGAAGAAGCUGUGCAUCAGUCACAACAAGAUCCAGAAUCUGCCGGCUCAGAUUGGAGCGCUUCAGUUUUUGGAGGAACUUGACAUCAGCUUCAACGAGCUGCACGAUUUCCCCAGAUCGUUCUGCAGCCUCACCAAGCUGCGGACUCUGGAUGCAGAUCACAACAAGCUGAACCAGUUCCCUCCUGAGAUCCUGGCCCUCAGCGAGCUGGAAGAACUCGACUGCUCUGGGAACAAGUUCGAGGCGUUACCAGCAGACAUCAUGAAGCUGCAGCCUGUCAAAAUCCUCUGGCUCAGUAGUCUCCACAUGUCCACGUUACCCGACACCUUCUGUCACCUGCACAACCUGGAGAGCCUGAUGCUGGACGGGAACAACCUCACAGGGCUGCCUGCUGCUUUUGGUCAUCUGCAAAGACUCAAAAUGAUCAAUCUGUCCUCUAACGACUUUGAGGACUUCCCCCAGGUUAUUUUAAGCAUCACAGGGCUAGAGGAAAUUUACCUGAGCAGGAAUAAACUGAUUCAUAUUCCAGAGGAGAUAGGGCAGCUGGUGAAGCUGGCCAACCUUUGGCUGGACAACAACAACAUCACGUACCUGCCGGACUCGAUCGUGGAGCUGCAGCAGCUGGAGGAACUCGUUUUACAGGGUAACCAAAUAGCCAUACUUCCAGAUAAUUUUGGGAAGCUGUCCAAAGUGAACAUUUGGAAGGUGAAGGAUAACCCUCUCAUCCAGCCUCCGUACGAGGUGUGUAUGAAGGGCAUCCCUUACAUUGCAGCCUAUCAGAAGGAGCUCGCACACUCGCAGCUCGCCGUCAAGCCGCGGCUGAAACUGGUUCUGAUGGGGAUGAAGAACGCCGGGAAAACACGCCUCAGGCAGAGCGUGGUGAGCAGGCAGCAGGACGUUAAAGAAAUCCAGGGAAACAAAGGAAUCGAAGUCACUAACUGGGUGGCAGACGCCGAUCGCUGUCUUACAUUUCUGGUGUAUGAUUUGUCAGGGAAGCAAAACUACGACCUCAUCAAACCCUUUUUUCUCUCCCCCGGUGCUCUCUACAUUCUCGUUGUGAAUCUCAAAGCGUAUUCGCCCAAGAACUUUUACGCCCACGUCGGGUAUUUCCUCCACCUCCUCAGUGCCAAAGUACCCCACGCCGUCGUGUGCUUGGUGGGCACGCACGCUGACCUGUGUGGAGAGGUGGAGGUGGAGGAGAAGAGUCUGGACAUUCACAGACAGAUCGGCCUGCAGGAGAAGAGGGACACCCAGAGUCUGAGGAGCCUGGCUCUGCAGGUGGACCAGGCGCUGGAGCAGGGCUACAGCGUCCGCUGCUCCAGCCCUCACGUCCUCUUCUACGGGGUCUCUGACAGGAACCUGAGGCGGAGGAAGGCCCAGCUGCAGUACAUGCUGAACCACCGGCUGCAGAUCCUGUCUCCUGUGCUGAGCGUCAGCUGCACGGAGACCCAGAGGAACAUCCAGAGGCUGAGGGAGAAGCUCAUGUCCGUCGCCGACCACAGGGACAUCUUCCCCAACCUGCACCGUGUGCUGCCAAAGUCCUGGCAGAUGCUGGAGGAGUUGCACUUUAAGCCCAAAGACCUGUGGCUCUCGUGGUGGGACUCGGCCCGUCUGGGCCUCCAGGCGGGGCUCACGGAGGACCGACUGCAGAGCGCCUUAUCCUACCUGCACGAGAGCGGGAAGCUGCUCUACUUUGAGGACAGCAUCACCCUGAAGGAGUACGUUUUUCACAAUCUUCCACGAUUCAUUGCAAUUCUCAAUGUCUUCUUCCAGAGGGACGAGUCCACACUGCUGGACAGACUGCUCUCUGAGGGGGAGAGGGGGGACAAGGGGAGGGUGAGCCUGGUUAUAGAGGACGAGAAGGGAGAGAACCUCAGGGUGACCCACCUGCAACACCAUGUGGAGGGCUUCCUCCAACACGGCCUUUUGCCCUCCAACGUCAUCCGCCUGCUCCUCAGGCCGCUCAUCCAGACCCAGCAGGACCUGCACCUCAUCAUGGAGCUCCUGGAGAAGAUGGGGGUCUGCUACUGCAUCAACAAACCCCGCAGCAAGCCUCUGAACGGGGCCACAGUGUGGUACAAGUUCCCCAGCUACGUCAGCAGCGAGGAGCCCCGGGCGGAGGCCUCGGCUGGUGGUGGCGGCGGCGGCGGCUCUCUGCCUCUGUGUCACUUCUUCUCUGUGGAGCAGCUGCACAUCCAGUACAGCUUCCCUUUCCUGUUUCCUCCCGGACUGUUCGCACGCUUCAGCGUGCAGAUAAACAGCCACGUGGUGCAGAGGUCGGACGGCAGGCACCAGAUCUUCGCCUACCGAGGUAAAGUCCCCGUGGUGAUCAGCCACCGGCCCUCCAAAGGGAAGCUGCAGUCAGAGACUCUGUCCAUCGCCAGCCAGGCCUCGCUGCCCAACAUCUGGACCGCGUGGCAGGCGGUCACUCCGCUGGUGGAGGAGCUGAACGUGCUGCUGCAGGAGUGGCCCGGCCUGCACUACUCUGUACAUAUCCUCUGCUCCAAGUGCCUGAAGAGAGGGUCGUCCAGCCCACACGCCUUUCCAGGU